UAAAUGAAUGCCUGUUGCAGGGAAAGAAGUAGUUAUUUUACCGAAGAUAUAGAAUUUGAUUCCUAAUAGAAUUGGAAUUCUAUUUUUGUUGGUUUUGUCAUUGUAAAAGGAUUCCGUUCUAAUAGAGAUUGCUUAAGUUUAUCCUCAAAUUUGAAUAAAAUUUCACGCAAAUAGCUAAACAAAUUGCAUCUCAAGCCAAUGUGAAACUUGUGGCAUAUUCAAUAACCCGGUUCCGAUCCAGAACUCAACCCGCGUUUGAUUUCGCUUAAAAGACCUAAAAUUUCUUUAUUCAAAAAUUGAUACGCCCUCCCGGAGGAGUAGCAUCGAUGACGAUAAACGUAACUACUACGCCGGCGAAAGAUCUUGCUUACACCAAUUGCGCAUAUUGUUCUCCUACAGAUCUCAGAAACUUUCUUGUUCCGGGAUCCAAGUUCGCUGAUGCUUUUGUUCUCACUCUUGCUGCCCACGACGCCAUUCCUAAUGGUCAACUUCAAAGACGUUAUGCCAAAGUUUCCACUGGAGACUCGAUAUCCGUUAGCAGAUUUGUUCCAACUCAGGACUUCAACCUUGCUUUACUUACCCUUGACUUGGAGUUUGUGAAGAAAGGGACCAAAGAGGAGCAGGUCGAUGCAUAUUCUUUGGCUGAUCAAGUUCGCAAGAGAUUUGCCAAUCAGAUUAUGACAACUGGGCAAAAGGUGACACUUGAGUAUCAUGGCAAUGGUUAUAUAGUCACUGUGAAUCAAGCUACUGUUAAGGGGCAAGAAAAAUCUAAUGUUGAAAGAGGGAUGGUUUCAGCUGACACAUACGUUAUAUUUGAAGCCGCAAACUCCAGUGGGAUAAAGAUUGUCAAUCAGCGUGAAGCUGCUAGCAGCAACAACUUUAGGAAGAUUGAAUUCAAUUAUGAAUCAUUGGGUAUAGGUGGUCCGCGUGCAGUUUUCUGAUAUUUUUCGAAGAGCUUUUGCUUCCAGGGUUUUCCUUUCCCAAGUGACAAACAAGCUUUGGUAUCAAGCAUGUCAAGGGAAUGCUUCUCCAUGGACCUCCUGGUACAGAGAAGACGCUGUUAAUGAGUAAGGCUUGUCGUGACAAAGUUUGCGACCUCUGAGAGGUUAACGACGCCGGUCUCGUCUGGAGUCUAGAUCGUGACAAAGUUGGUAUCAGAUCACUAGGUUAAAUUCCGAGAAUAAUGAGUUC